AUGGCUCGCGAAAGCAAGACCGAUGGCAAAGCGAAGCUCAUAGCCGUGACGGGGCCCACAGGAGCGGGUAAGACGACGUUCAUCAACGCGGUAUGCGGUUCCCAUCUUCGGGUGGGGACCAGCCUUCAGUCGUGUACCGACAAGGUGCAAACGGCAUAUUGCAAUAUCAAUGGGGAAAACAUCACCUUGAUUGACACCCCCGGGUUCGAUGAUACAUACAAAUCGCAAGCAGACAUCCUGAAGGACAUAGCCGAUUUUCUAGAACAGACGUACGAAAGGGGCAGGAAGCUAUCUGGCGUCAUCUACAUGCAUCGCAUAUCCGACUACCGCGUAGGCGGCAUUGCCCGCGAGAAUUUUCGUUUGUUCUCGAAGAUUUGCGGCGAAGGUGCCAUGAAGAACGUCGUUAUCGUGACUACAAUGUGGGAGGACGUGGCGGAGGAGGUCGGGGCGCAGAGGGAGACCGAACUCAGGAGCAAGCCACUAUUCUUCAAGGACGCCGUCGACCACGGCGCGCGUAUGCAGCGCCUCCUCAACACGCCGCAGUCAGCCCUGGAUACCAUGUCUCCAUUUUUUGAAUAUGCUCCCAAGGUGCUCCACAUGCAAUACGAGCUCGUCGAUCUCCGCAAGCUGCUUCCACACACGGACGCGGGGACAGAGCUGAAGACUGAGUUGGAGAGACAGACAGAGCAGCACAAACAGGAGUUACAGGAGCUGCAGGUCGAGAUGAGCGAGACGGCGGCCCGCAAGGAUGCCGCUCACAGAGAGGAGAUGGAGGACCUCAGGACAGCGUUCGCCGAGAUGCAGAAGAAGAUGGAAAAACUUGACAAAGAGAUGCAGAAGCUCACAAACAGUACACAGACCCCACGAGGGCGCCCGCAAUCGCGUGGUUUCAGAGAAAUUCUGCGUAAAGCAUCCCACAGCCUCUUUCGGGGACGAGUAGACAAUCGGGAGGCUGUGGUGUUUGUAAGAGAAAGAGGUGGAGCGGGAUGCCUUAGUGGUGACAAUCUUGAGAUUUGA